AAAUCUUCAAUGUUGAUCAUAGAUGUUGAUUCAGUUGAUACUUCUUGAUCAUGCAGUUUAUGAAAUUGUGUAUUUUUAUUCAAUAUUUAUAACAAACAUUCUACUUUUCGAAUGAAACGCGGUUUAGUUUGAAAGUAGUAAAGGGCUCUAUAUGUGGAAAUUGAAAAAAAUCAACAAAAAUAUUUCAGUGAUGCUGGUGACAUAAGUGAACUGCGUAUCAUGUAAUUUUUAUUUUCUAUUUUGUGCACUAGCUUCUAUUUAUGUAUCAAGAAGAUUUAAUAAUAUGGUUUAAAUGUGAUGCAUUAUGAGUUGGCUCCGCAAUUCAUCAACAAUGCUUGCCCGACAAUUGUCACGAACAUUAGACCCUCGCCAUGACUAUGAGCCCCAAGCAUGCUAUAACUCAUUCUGUAAGCAUUGGCAACAAGCUCAUGAAAUCAUUUUGAAGUCUAAGCCACAGCACUUACACGAUGAUGUAUUAGGAGUUGUUAACCAUUUAGAGCAACUGUCUACCCUUCUUGUAUUAGAGGCGAGAGCAAGAGAAAUCAGUAAUACUCAAAAUCCACAACCAUGCUUUGAAUAUUUGCUUAGUGAGAAUGUGUUGGAUAAAUUAUAUGAAUGGACUAUAUCUACUGGAAAAUAUGAAAACGCUUUAAGAUUGGAACAACUGCGGCUGUUUGGGCAUCUCAUAAGUUUUUAUGGAUCACAUGUUAUAGCAGCUGAACCAUUUUUACGUCCACUUCUGAAAUCACUAAGCGGUUUCAGGGACCAAUUGGCGCCGCCAAACCUAGAGAGUCAACUUGUAACGGUACUCAAUCAGCUAUGUAUAACGUUGAUGCAGAAUCUGAAAUUUGUCGAUUUGUUCUUCUUAACUACGCACACGCAAAAUGGAUCGAUCCCUGAAUUUAUAAUAGGCCAGUUGUUAUUAUCAUCAGUGCACCGUGAAGGUUCUUGCGGCUCCGUUUCCCGCGAUGCGUUCCUUCUUUGUGCGAAGAUGUCAGCUCGUUGCGAACAACUGGCUGAAUGUUUGCUCGCGGGCAAUGCUUGUCCGAUACUUGCUACUGGUCUAAGUGGUCUGUAUUCCCUUCUCCCUCGCACAUUAAGCGAAGGCAUCCUCCGUCUCACUCCAGAUGACGUCAAUAAAGUGCAUAAAUUGACGUUGUUCAUAGAUUCGUUGGAGUUUUGCAAUGCUGUAGCACAGGUCGCUCACCCAUCGAUAAGAGCACAACUCCUGGAUUUGCUAUUACAAGGUUUUCUUGUUCCUGUAAUGGGUCCAGCGCUUUUGCAGACGAAAGGGGAAACGUUGCAGACUGGGGCCAUCGAACAAGCGGCGGCUACGGCGUACUUUGAGCUACUGAUACGCUGUAUAACGCCAGAGGGUCUUAUGAGGGUAGUUCUACAUUUUCUCUUCACCUAUGAAUAUGAUGGAGUGAAGAUGAUCGAUGUUCUUCUGGCUCGGCUUGAAAGCAGUUCGCAGCUGUCCUUAGUAACACUCUCCCUUAUGGAGACCUUAAUUGAUCUAAAUUGUGAGGACGUCAUGAUCGAGCUGGUAUUUAAGUACCUUAUAAAUGGGCAUCACAUGGUCUUACCGCAUAAGCACAAAUUAUCGGAUCCCGAAAUGUAUAGGCUGGCAUCUCUGGCCUUCUUGGAGUUAAGCCCGAAAUGCUGUCAGAGGCCAUUAGAAACGACAAAAGCGUGGGUCGAAGAGAUGGCGGCCAGUGGAAGGAAGGUUCUGGAACUUAGUAGUACUGACAGUAGGAGAGUGAAUGGAGUACACGGAGAUAUUGCUAUGAAUGAUCUAGUCCAGGAUAUCAAUUUUGAUUAUGGGAACCCGAACGAAACCCUAAUCGGCAACUAUCAUGCAUACCUUUGCGAUAGUCGCUUUGAGAUAGUUACACGAUCUAUUGCGUGCGCGCACUGGUCCUCGAAAUACAAUACAAUUUCUCCCAAAAGAGAACCGAAUAAUAACACGAACAUCAAAGAAACAGAGCAUACGAUAGAUAGCCUAGUUUCAAUUUGCACGAGUGGGUAUGACACUUUUAAAACGUCAGAAAAAAGUGACACAUCGGAAAAAGAAAACAGUCUGAAUUCUUUGACAGAGGAAAAAGAAGGAAAGGAAUGUUUGGAGGGAAAGCAACAAGCUAUUGAUGAAAAGGAAAAUGUUAGUUUGAACUCCUUUGGGGAAACUAGCGGGUAUAAUAGCUUUUUAAAGGUGGAUUGUGAUGAGGGUUUUGCUGAGGAUUCGUUUAGGAAGAGUUUUGAAAAGGAACUUGAAGAGUUCAGCGAGGGUGAUGUGCCGGUGGGAAGUUGGAGGGUCAGCACUGAUAGUAUUAUUGGUCCGCUAUUAAGCAGUCUUCUUAGGAAGACGUCGCGUUGUUUAGAAUCGGAUGUUACCAGCAACUGCCACGUCACGAGCAUCAUCUGUAAACUGUGCUCAUUUCCAUCGGCCCUACUGGUGGCAGUUGUACUGUGCCCCACUUUGACGCCGAAUGUACCGUCGUUGUAUCAGAUUUUGAACAAACUCCGCGAGGAAGUGGAUCUAGCGUUAGAAGGCAUAGAGAAGGUAGAAGAAUUGGUGGAUCGAGCGAGAGUCUUCCUCAUACAACGGGAGCUAACUUUAGUUCGGCGAGCGCUUACCAACGACGACAGAAAAGCGCGAAAUCUGAAUCUUCAACAAGACAGUUCUUUUCGUAGAAGCGAAUCAAAAAGACGCAGUUUCUCAUCUAGUCUUAGCAAUAUGUUCUCCAGGAAGGCUCCACCAUCUCCGUCACCACAAAUUCAGCUACCCGUGCCACAGCUACCUUUCACCCAAGAGUCGUACUGGAAUAAAUCAGCCAUCCACCGCUGUAUAUUAAACGCAGUCAUACUCGACGAAUGGCUCAAAGAAUUAUCAGCCUUGUGCCAGGAACAGGCGCUCAGAUUAUCAGCUGCAAGUUACGAACACGAGAACUAUAUACGAAUAUUAACCUUAUGACUACGGGCGAAGGCCUCACAGGGCACAGUUAAGAAAAAAGUUGUCUUCUUCGAGCCUAACUUGGAGACGCAAGUGUAAAUUUGAAUAAUUUAUUGGGUUUUCGAAAUGUGAGGUUGAGGUUCGAACAGUUUUGAUACUUGUGUGCAUUUUUGUGUUCUAGAACAAAUUAUAAUGAAUCACAAAAUGUAUGGAGACGUGAGUAUAGUCAAAUUAGUGUAUUUUUUUUAAUGUAAUGACGUCAUUACUUUUAGUUGUGUAUUUGUCUUGCAUUGGUCAAUCUUUCAUAGAUUUUAUUUAAUAAUGUAAUGACAUUCUAAAAAACAUUAUUAUGAACAUUGAAUUGGUUGUUUUAAAACUAAGCUAACUUAAAAUUAAAGUUUUAAAUAUAUAUUCAAGUUGCCUUGUAGUAUUGUAAUUGUACAUAGUUGGUAUAAAAAGCUAUUAUAGUCCUGCGGCGACGUAAAAUUAAUAGAAAAGCUCAUAAUACGUACGUCUAGCCUCAUUAGUAACUACAGAUCAUUGUAUAAUCUAUUUCAGUUGUAUAUAUAAUAAUUUAAAACAUAUUUUCAGCAAAAAUGUUGACAAUUGUGCUAAUUGUAAAGGCAUUACAAGGUCUUAUUAAUAUUAAUUUUAAAUAACUUUUCAGAUAGUCGAAUUUUCUGACAUAUUUAUGAAGUAGGGCAUUAUUUAUGUUGAAGUGACGUUCAAUAUAAAAAUUCAUCGUUUUAUUUAGUAAUUGUGUUGAUCCACAUGUUUAAUUUAAUUGGCAUGUAUGCCAUCUACUUAAUUCUAAGUACCUAAUAGUUUUAAGAAAAAAAUAAUCGAUAAUAAUCAACGAGAAUGCCAUGAUUGUAAUUUUGAACUGUGAUGUUGUAAUGUUCAAAAAUUGGAAUAAUUUAUUAUAAAUUUUAAUACUUAUUUUCUAACGUAGAUUCGUAUCUCAGUGAUUUUUAGUGCAUUAACUAACAGUAAUUUUUAGGAAGUUUAUAUUUAUAAGGAAUAUUUUUAACAAUUAUUUGUAUUUAGUUUAGGGGAAUGUUGAAUCAACAAUUUCAGAUGUUCUAAAUUUGAAAAUAUUAUUUUUUACUAAUGGCCUAAUUCAUUGCUUGAGUUUUUAAUGAGCGUGUCUUAUUAUUUUGGUGGUUACGGUAUUUUAUAUGCGAGAGUUUCACUAUGCAACCUUAUAACAUAUUAAUUUAUUGAUAAUUACACAAUCUCAAUAUUUUGUUACUACAAUUAAUUGCAUUUUUUAAAUAAUAUCAUUACAGCCGUAGCUCUUCAUUAAAAAAACUUUGAUUUUAUUGACAUUUUAAUAAACAAUUAAAUUUAGAAUAAUUUCGCUCAAAAUCUAAAAUCGUCCUUUUCCGUCCAAGGAUGUAUAUUUAUAUGGCACAAAUAUAUUCUUUAUACAUUUCUUUUAUUGUUUUAUAUAUUAUAAGUGCAGUUGUAGUUUCGUAAAAUAUAAUGUAUGUCAUAAACUACAAUGGCCGCUAUACAUUUCAGAAUUAUCUAUAUUAUAAUUACAAGUUUCAUAGCUAUUGUCUUUUACCUUUAUCACACUUGACUAAUAAAACCGGGAAAAAAAAAUAUUAGAAAAUGAGCCAAACUGUACAAAGCUGUCAAAUUAAUUAUGUAAAUAUGUCAUUUAAAUUUUGAAUUAGACAACAGAAGAUUUUAUUUGAAAUAUUUUGUUUUUAGGAGAACACUAAACACGUUUUUGUAGUCUAUGCUCAUAUCACAGAUAAUAAUCUGUAUUAAUGCGUUUUUAUGUUUAGCGGCUGUUGAUAAUGGUAUUUAAUUUGUGUGCAAUAAUUUGUUAUGAUUUUAUAUAAUGCACUUAUUAAAAAAACAAUAUUAACAGGUCACAUAAAUAGUGUUGAAUAAAAAAUCACAUGUACAUUAACUGAAUUUACCUUGCCAUUUAAAAUUGUAAAUGUAUCAUUUUACCCCCUAAUUUUUAAAUUUAAAUAAAAUUUUGCAAAAUCCGUUUAUUUUGAAUAAUUAGCAUACAAUUAUGUGACAUUACAAAGAUUAAUUAAACAUUUUAA